AUGCCCGCCACAUCGCGCGCCCAGAGCGUUGGGCCGCGACCUGCCGCUGCGCAGCCGCCCGCUCCUGCGCCGUCGGCCGUUGCGCCGUCCGCCAAGCCCGCCUCGGAUGCCAAGCCUGCCGAGGAGGCGGCGGUCGCCAGGGCGGUGCCGGCGGCGGGCGGCGCUGAGGCGCGGCCUCUGAGGUUCCGGAGCUGCAUCUGCGCCUGCACCGGGUGGCAGGCGGCCCUGUUCGCGGCCGACGUGUACUACCACACCAAUACAGGCAGGGUGCCCUGGGGAUUGGCCCUCGGGCUGCACGCUGCGCUGGCUGCCCUCGCUUCUGUGAUGACGGGGGCCGAGGGCGACUACGGCAUUGUUCCUUUCAUCGGAGGGCGCAUCGAUUCCAGCAUAUCGGCCGCAAGGGCGGCUCUGGGCAAGCCACUCGGAGGCUUGUUUGGAUCCCACGUCUUCAUCUUGUUUAUCUCAUUAUACCUCAGCGCGUUCAGCGUGCCCCUCAUCUUGGCAAGCGGGGCACCGUGGUCGCCAUACAUGUGGUGUUCCGUCUUAUCCCACUGCCUGUGCAUGAUCGUGCACGCAGCGAACUUUGUCUACAGUGCCGCUGCCUUUGUGUACAGCAAGGUGCUCAAGAAGUUGAAGACGCACUGA